UUCCCAAAAGCACUUUCUCUCUUCACUUUUCUCUGCUGCUCGUCAAUCCUGCAAACUGCAAAUUAAAGCAAGAUCCAUGGAUGCAAGAGAAGAUUCAGAGACAACUCCGAGUUCUCAGCCACAAUGUGAUUCCAAGGGAAACGAACUAGAUGUGCAUGAAGAGGGUAGGCUCAUUCCUUACACAGGAGAUGGGUCAGUUGAUUGUUAUGGAAAACCAGCAAUAAAAAAUAAGACAGGUGGAUGGAAAAGUGCACUAUUGAUAUUAGUGAAUCAAGUACUAGUUGCAUUGGCUUUCACUGGAGUUGAAGUGAAUUUGGUUCUGUUUGCAAAGUUAGUACUGAGACAGAGUAAUGCUGAGUCUGCAAAUACCUUCAGCAGCUGGAUGGGGACUAACUAUUUCUUCUGUCUAAUUGGAGCAUUUCUUAGUGACUCAUACUUGGGAAGAUACCUCACUUGCAUUAUAUUUCAAGUUUUACUCAUCAUUGGGCUGGUGGUGUUAUCCUUGUCAACCCACUUCCUUUUACUUGAACCUCAAGGUUGUGGCAAAAUAGGGUUGCUAUGUGAACCCCACAAACCAGUUCAAGUUGCAAUACUUUACAUAUCAAUAUACCUUAUUGCUCUAGGAAAUGGAGCUGCUGACCCUGCUUUAGCAACACUGGGUUCAGAUCAAUUUGAUGAGGAAGAACCUAAAGAGCAACGAUCUAAGUCCAUAUUUUUCAGCUACUUUUAUGUGGCAAUAAACCUGGGCUCUUUAGUGGCUGAGACAGUACUGGCUUAUAUAGAGACUGCAGGAAAUUGGGUACUAGGGUUUUGGAUUUGUGCUGGCAGUGGUGUUGUUUCCUUUCUUCUUUUGUUGAGUGGAACUCACAGAUACAGGCACAUUAAGCCUAAUGGAAACCCUUUCUCUAGGUUUGCACAAGUACUAGUGUCCGCUUUGAGGAAAAUAAAAUUUCAAAUACCCACAAAUGGAGAAGGCCUCUAUGAGUUUAGAGAAAGGGAUGAUGCCAGUAUGAGGAGAAUACACCACACAAAUGGCCUCAGGUUUCUUGAUCGAGCUGCUAUAGUUUCUUCUCAGGAAAAAAAUGAGUUGUUAGAGAAAGGCCAGAAACCAAACCCAUGGCAUCUUUGCACUGUGACACAAGUUGAAGAAGUGAAAUGCAUUAUGAGAUUGUUACCAGUAUGGCUCUGCACCCUCUUCUCCUCCGUCGUCUUCAUACAAAUGCUUUCUCUGUUUGUAGAGCAGGGUGCUACCAUGGACAGAACUUUCCUCAAGUUUCAAAUACCUCCCGCGAGCAUGACCACAUUUGACAUCAUAAGCACGACCGCAUUCAUCAUGCUAUUUGAUGUCCUCAUUGUUCCAUUGUAUGAGAAAGUGAUGAAAAGACCUCCAAAACCUCUUAGUGAGCUUCAAAGAAUUGGAAUUGGACUAGCCAUCACAAUAGUAGCAUUAACUGUUGCUGGCUUUGUGGAGAGGAAAAGGCUUGAACAUGCUGAUCAUGACAAAGGUAGAGAGACAAGUUCUCUGAGCAUCUUCUGGCUGACACCACAGUAUGUGCUUGUAGGAGUGGCGGAAGCUUUCGUAUACGUCGCGCAGAUGAAUUUUUUCACAGCACAAGCACCAGAUGGGUUGAAAAGCUUGGGAAUGGGGUUGUCCAUGUCUGUUUCUGCGCUUGGGAGCUAUGUUGCUAACUUUAUUUUGACCGUGGUGAUGAAAAUCACUUCAAGUCAUGGAAGACCUGGUUGGGUUUCUCCUAAUCUUAAUGAAGGUCACUUAGAUAAGUUCUACUUCUUGUGUGCUUUCUUAACCGGCCUUGAUUUGAUAUUGUAUAUUGUGUGUGCCAAGAGAUAUGUGGGUAUAUCAUUGGAGAAAAGAGAAGAAACAAACAAAGAGGAGGUUGUGACUUGAGUUGACAGCAUGGUGACAAAAACUUUGUUAAGCUAUAGCCGAUCAACUUAACACAAGAAAUAUAUAGACUUGCAAGGAUGAACAUUAGCAUGGUUAAAGUUAUGCUAUCUAUCCUGACAUAUAAGACCUCGUUUGGAGAGUUUAUUUAAGCUUAACUUAUAGCAUAAGCACUUAUACAAGAAUUUGAUAAAGCUUAUGUUAAGAGUUUAUAACCUACCUGUAAGUUGUUUUGAGCUUAUUUUCACAAGUUUUUCAAAUUAGUUUAUGACUAAGAGGACAUGCUUAUCCAUAACAUAUUUUCAGUUUAUUUCAAUAAGUUCCU